CCAGAGUUCAAAUGUACAUGAAUUCCUUCAGUUUAUCUUCUUUCUUUCACGUGUAGGUAAUUUGUUGGUGCUGCAUAUCCAAUGAUUUCAUCGGCCAUGUCUGCAUGGUUAGAUACUUCCAUGGUUCAAGAGAUCAUCGGAAAAGGGCAACAGGUUCGAUGGCUGUUUGAAAUUAGCUGUGUUCAUUGAUCACAGCUGACGGGUCAACAGCAGCGUCCGUGCGUCUCUCUCACCUCCAGGAUGGAGGGGCUGCUGCGGCUGAGUCUACUCGGAGCGUGAGGAGCCUUCCUGGGCUUCGUCUGCGUCAUCCUCCCCCUGUCUCUCUCUGCCCUGGUCCCCCGAUACUCAUCCAUCACUUGACCUCUGCAGUACAAGAGAGCAUCUGGACCCACACAACACCUCCCCCUAAUCCCUCACACUGAGUCGCCAGGGAAAUCAUGGACGGACUACGCCUGCCACCGGUCAUCGAGGAGGUCAUGGACCCUGCAGAUGACAUAUGUGACCUGAAGGUGGAGAGGCCUGGCAUUGUGGACAAGCUGACGGCCAAAGAGAGGGAGUCCCUGGAGGAGAACGAUGAGAAGGAGGAGAAAGAGAAGGAGGUGGAGGUGGGGAACGGAGAGAAGGGCCAGCAGGAGGAGCAAGGAGAGGAGAAGGAGGUGAAAGUGGAGGAGGACGAGGAGGAGGAGGAGGAAGGAGGAAUGUUAGAGGAGGAUGACUUGGAGGAGUUGAGGUCCCAGGUGCUGCAGCUGGUGUUGGAGCUGGAGGAGGCCAGGGAGGUGUCUCAACGACAUGAAGAGAGCUUCAUGGAGCUACAGGGUCUGUUGGAAGAUGAGCGUCUGGCUAGUGCUCACCAGGCAGAGAGCUUUACCAGACAGAUCCAGAGACUGCAAGCUCAGCUGCGUUCGGUCCAGGAGGAGAUGGACUCUCUGGAGGAGGAGAAGGAGAGUGAGCUGGGGGAGGUGCAGGAGGAGCUGAGGUCUGCCCAGGAGGAGGUGCUGGUGCUGCAGCAGGCGGGGGAGGAGGCAGCAGCAGAGAGGGAGAACGACAUCGCCUCCCUGCAGGAGGAGCUGUGUCGUCUGAGGGCCGAGCUGCAGCGUCUCCGCACCACGGCCCAAGAGUACGAGCUGGAGAUCACCACCCUGCGGGCCGAAAUCAACAUGAAGAGCAUGAGGAGGGAGGGAGAGACUGACGGUGAGGUAAGCCAGCUGACGGCGGAGUGUCAUACGAUUUCAGACGAGUGUCAGACCCUGAAGGACGAAAACAAACAGCUGAGCCUCAAAUUGCAGCGGCUACAGCGAGCCGGCUCCAAUGAUGUCUACCUGGCCUUGAGAGGGGAGGGGGACGAGGACCAGAAGGAUGAGGGCGUUGGGCAGGAUGAAGAAUCAGUGAAGGCUGGAGGCUACAUAACCCUGUCUCAGACCCAGGGUGGGCAGACCCAGACUAUGCAAGGUGGGCGCUUGGUGGAUGCAUCCAUCCAGAAGAACAUCUCGUUCGAUGGCAAGCCCAUCACCAACUGGAACGGGGGACCCUCUGAAGUCUUCUCCCUAAAAGACCAGCUCAAACUGGCUGAGGAGAGGGCCUCGCAAGUACAGGGACAAUGUGAGGGGUUGAAGGGGGAGCUUGCAGAACUGCAGUGGCUGUUUGACUGCAGCCAGAAGGAGAGGGUUGAGCUGGAGCAGGAACUGCAUCACUAUAGGGCGGAGCUAGAGAGGCUGGGCGGAAAGAAGUCACAGAACUGCACUCCUCCGUCUGAGCCCCCUGUUCUCUCCAUCCCCUUCAUAGGAAUGAUUGUAAUAAUGGCCCUGAUAUGGUGCUGGUGGGAGGAGCUGGCGUCCUAGAGGGGACCAGGAGAGCGAGGGAGACUGGAACCUGGUGGCGGUGGUUGCCGUGGCAGCGCUUGUAGUCCUGAUAGUCCCCAGCCUUUCUAGAGCGUUUACCUGAGGUCUACACAGAAAGGAAGUCACUGUACAGGAAAUGACUUUGCCGGUUGCCCAUGGCAACACUGGCAAUGCCAUGCCCCUAUCUCAUGAUGCCCCUGUCAAAUCUCCUCCUCGCUUCAUCUUCCAAGGAGGACUACAUCGAAAACUGACAUUUUCACCAGGAAAUACAACACAACAAGGAACUAGUCCCAUACAUUACUCAAGGAGAAAUACAAAUACCUGUUUAAGCCACUCUAACGAUAAGGACGGCAAUAUCUUGUUUCUCUCUUAAAAGUCCUUCAGUUUGACUCAAUCGGUUUCCCUCUCUACUACUCUUCUCUCUGCGCUUCUUUAGAUAAACAUUGGUACGAGUUCAAGGGAACUGCAUAAUAUAACAGUGACUGCCUCGGAGUUUGUGGCAGUACUGUGUCUGCAUGGGUGUCAAUGGAAAGACACAAUUUAGCACAGAACAUGUCUGAGCAUUUAUUGAUUGAUUGGUUGAUGGUUUAUUGUUUGAUUGGUUGAUGCUUGAAUGGUUUAUUGACAACCUGUAAAGGUUGAAUUGUGAAAAGCUCAUGCCUUAUGUUUCCUUUGCACAUAUUGAGUCACUGACAAGAUGUUUCUCUUUCUAAUGGGCAUGUGAUCUUUUCCCAGAUCCUACCCCUCCUUUUGAAUCACUUUGAACAUUGCCAAUGCGAUUGUCUCUGCUACACUUUACGUCUCUUUACGGCUCACAAUUGACUAUUUUAACAUUUUUCCUUCUGUUUCUGUUGUGGAAUGCUCUUUUUAGGCUUAAAUGGAGAUGUGUGGAGGAGGGUUUGAUAACAUGUGUUUGAUGUAUUGGAUGUUUGUCUCCUUUGUAAAUGGUUCUUUCUCUCUCUCGUCUGCAUCUGUCACUCUCUCUCUCUCUUUGCACGUUCUCCUUAUUGGUUAUUGGUUAUAUCUGUAUGUUUAUGGUACCACAACCACUAUACACAUAUAUACAGAUGAACAAUACUAUCAUAAAUGCAACUUGGUGUAUUCAAUUUGACAGUCCAAAUGAUUUCCAGCUAGAUAUCUAUUUUUGUAGCCAUAGGAAGAAUUUAUCCCCUAGACUGAGGAGUUACUUAAUGACUGAUUCCACUGUGUUUGGUUCUGCUUAGAAACAGAACGUAAACAAGGCUCGUUAUUUGAAACAGAGAGUUAUUUUUGUAAAUAGACAUUGUGUUUAAAUGUUUUGCGUAAUUUUUUUAUAUUAAUCGUCACAAGCAUUCUGAAAAAUGACAAACAAUCAAUAUAGGUCACCAAAAUGAAAAGUGGAGCCAGCGAUGAAAUAUGGACCAUUGUUUUCAAAGAUGUGCAUUUUGGGUGUUCUCUUACCUAGUCAUUUCGUCUUGUACUGUUUGCAUUCUAAUUUCUGAUAUCUAUGUUCUCUAACGAUGAUGCCCUUUUCUUUGUUGGCACAAAGCAUACAGUUUUGUCACAGGUUCUGCAACUGUAACUUGCCUGCAAUGCAUGGGACCUUUUCAGUGUCAUUGCUGUAAGCUUGACACAACACAUUCCAAUGAUAGAUUGACUAAACAGCAAUAGCGAUGUGACACUGUUGUCAUGGAGAAGACGUCUAACCUUCACUCUGUCGUUUCGGCACCUAUGGAGUGCACCGAGAAUACCUUUUGAUUCUUACUCUACCUUUGGCAUGAUUUAGCUACCGUGUAAAUACAUAGCAAGAAAAAUCAUUUAAACUCCUUUACGUGACCUGUGGAGCAAAAUGUCAGAAAUGCGCUUUGCAUUGGAGGUAGGACGAUGCCGUUAUUUUAGAAUGAAAUGGUCUUUGUCCAAGUACACACAACGACUAUGACUGAGAGAGCAAUCUAACAUAAAUGUUUUCUUUUCUAGAGGAUCGUUUGUGAGAAACGUGUACAGAAUGGCAGUAAGCGUUAUAGCUGGUGCCAGGAUUCGUAGUGUGCUUUUAUGACUGACAGUUAGUUGCCUUGUUUCAUAGAUGUAUGUAGGCGAGCUAAUUAGCUUAAUUCCGUGGGUGUGUAGGUGACAAGACAUUGAAAGCGUGCUUAGCCAAUAUUCUUCUGUAUUCCACUAUCCCAUUGUAGAGUUCUAGCAUUAUAAAUAUGUAUAGGUAAUUAGUGCUUCUAGUUUGUGCUAUGAAUCAAUAAAUUAUGACUAUAAGUAUAUAAUAUUAGUUUCAAUACAUGUUUCACAAUCAUAACUGUGUGAUGGGCAAUUGAACACUGAGGUGUACUGAAAAACAUGAAUGCUUAUAGGCUAUGCAUAGAAUAUUAUUUCCACAGUGCAGAGACAAUAUAAGACCUGAUUGGUAGGUAAAUGCAUGCUACAGUGUAUGUAAAAACUUUAUCUGUAGUUUUGUACCAAAAUGUGUUAUUUGUAUUGUAUAGGAAAUAGUUUAGCACAGUUAAAUAACAUGGUUUGUUGAUUGAGAGCAGUUCUAGAUUGAGUAAAGGGUUAUUUUUGAAUUGACUGAACACAGCCAGUGUAUGAAUAGGGUAUAUGUGUAUGAGACAGUAACAUGUAUACAUAUUGCAGAUGUAGAUGGGUAGAUCUAGUUCCUGUAGUGACAGUAAUUUCAGCCAAUGCAUUAUGACUGUCUUCAUGCAUGACUAAUCAGAAUCAUUUGUGAUUUUUUUUCUUACUGUGUCAGUCUCUGUUCGUUUAUUUACUAAUUUACUGGGUUGUCACUAUUAAUAUUUUCACUCUGGUUUCAUACAGUCUCUUCUAUUCUAUUGCACUCUAUUCUACUUUUCUUCUUCAAUUGUCUGGUCUCUACAAUGUGUAUAGAUUUUUCGGGUAUUUAUCUUCAAUGCUCUGCUGUGCUUCAAAUACUGUAAAAUCCACUGACAGUGUACUUUUUUUGACCCUGCUUCUAUUCCAGCAUGGAAGCUUAAACAGUAAAGGCAAGACACAUUACGGAAACUAUUCUACAUGUCAAAACAACCUGUGCUCUUAACUAGAAACUGGCUGCUGCUCACUGUAUGUGAUGAUGUGAAGUUUGACCUUUGACCUUAUGUAAAGCUGCAGCUCGCUCUGGAUGUCUCUCUGCCUGGGUCUGUGUGACAUGGCUACUGUCAAUGUCUCUUUUAUGCAGCGCUGAAUCCGAUGUUGCCAUAGUCUCUACUACAACAACUUGUCAGUCAAUGUCUCAAUGGGCUUUUAUGGGUUAAUGAGAAUAUUGUGAGUAUUUUGGUAAAUAGUCUGUACAUUUUGUAAAUGAACUGAGAAAUAAAAGUAGUUUAUCCUCAUUC